ACGAUCACUUUUUGGCAAGACAACAGCAAGUAAGCCGGCCAAGGUCAGUGACGGUUGCAUGAACGGCUGCUGUCAGCCGGCAGUGACCGCAGCAGAGCAGCAUUUUCUCUUGUUCUCUAGUUCGGUUAAUCAGUCGAGGCACCGUGCGCGCUCAGAGAUGGCCAGAGGAAGCCGCAGCCGUCCUUCAUCAGCCAGCCCAGCUCCAUCACAUGCUCCAGCCCCAGCUCAUCCACCUCCUUCCGCCCUGGCCCCAGCUCCAGCUCAAUCCCAGGGCCCGGGCCUCAUGGCCCAGAUGGCUACCACGGCUGCUGGGGUGGCAGUAGGCUCAGCUGUGGGCCACGUUGUUGGCAGCGCCCUCACAGGAGCAUUUAGUGGGGGCAGCAGCAGUUCAGAGCCAGCCAAGCCUACGCAGCAGGAGCCCCCCCGCCUUGCUCCAACCCAGCCAGGCCCCUGUCACUUUGAGGUCAAACAGUUCCUGGACUGUGCCACCAACCACACUGACCUGAGUUUAUGUGAGGGCUUCAACGAGGCACUCAAACAGUGCAAGUACUCCCAUGGUGUGACAUCACUGGUGUGAAGGAUGAGUAUCAGCUGUCAUGACGGACAUAUCUCAGUGAUAAAACAUACUGUAGACAUGCUGUAGACUCAACAUAACACAAAAAUCUGAAUACCGUACCUCAGGCAGCAAGCAUGUUCAUUUUGUUCCGUUGAUUGAUGACUGAGUAAUGUAUGAAAUGUUUUCAGUAAUGUACAGUGACAAACCUCUAAUAAAUACCUGCUAUCAAGU